AUGCCAGGAGAGACGAUUACUUUACAAGCAGGUCAAUGUGGUAAUCAAGUAGGGUUGGAAUAUUGGAAACAAUUGUCUACAGAGCAUGGAAUACUUGCAGAUGGGACUCAACUACCAUAUCCACAAGAUGAGCCUUAUCCUCAGUUCGAAGGCCAAACUACCAAGAAUACCAUCAAUGAUAGAGAGGAUAGACCUGAAUUGUUCUUCACUUUAUCAGAUACAGGAAAAUAUACUCCCAGAUCAAUAUUGGUAGAUUUAGAGCCUUCAGUUAUAAAUAAGGCUACCAAUAGUUUACCUAUGUUUAAUCCUCGAAACAUACAUUUGAGUGAAACUGGUAGUGGUGCAGCUAAUAAUUGGCAAAAAGGUUACUCGUACGGACUUGAAUAUCAAGAAGAGCUUAUAAAUUUGAUCGAUAGAGAAUGUGAUAAGUGUGAGAAUUUAUCCAACUUCCAAUUGAUUCAUAGUGUAGCAGGAGGUACAGGAUCAGGUGUAGGGUCAUUAUUAUUGGAAUUAUUAAGUGAUAGAUAUGGAUCCAAAACAUUAAUCACCACAUCUUCAAUUUUUCCGUCCAAUGAAAAGACAUCUGAUGUGGUGGUACAGCCAUAUAAUACCGUAUUAACAUUGAAAAGAUUAAUAGAAUUCUCCGAUUCCAGUAUAAUUUUCGAUAACGAUUGUCUUAAUACGGUGGAAAGUUCACUUUUCGGAAUCUCCCAAUCAUUCAACUAUGCCAAUAAUGUUAGUGGGUAUGAAGGAGCUAAUAAAUUGAUUUCUUAUGUUAUAUCAUCAAUUUCUAAUCCUAUUAGAUUCCCCAGUUAUAUGUUCACAUCCAUUGAAUCGAUAUAUUCAAGUUUAAUUCCUACACCUGAACUUAAAUUCUUAACGGCAUCAGUAGCACCAUUCGGAGAAUUAUCAAAUUUCAGUAAAAUCCCAUCAAAAUAUAGUUUUUCCAAUUUGAAUGAAUAUGAAUUGAUACUUGAAUUAUUGAAUGAUAAAUAUAAAAUGAAUAGAACAGUCAACGAGACCAGCUAUAUAUCAAUGUUAACAUAUGUCAUGGGGAACAAAUUAAAUCAAUUAGAUAUCAAUAAAGGAAUAUUAAAAUCCCAAAAAAGACUUGAUUUUGUACCAUGGUCAUCAUCAACAAUAUCAGUAGUAAGUGGUAAAAAAUCGCCAUUUGUUUCCAAUAAAUCCAAACAAUUAAACGGGCUAUGCUUAUCUAACAAUACUUCCAUAAUUUCAGUGUUAUCUAAGAUCUUGAAACAAUAUGAUUUAUUGGCCAAGAGAGAAGCUUACAUAAAUUAUUAUACUGAAACCAAUGAUUCUGAAGAAAGAUCUAAAGUGAUGGAUAUGUUUAAUGAAUGUAAGGAAUCGGUGAUAAGUGUUAUCGAAGAGUAUAAAAAUUGUCGAACGAUUAAAUACUUAGAGGAUGAUAUUUUGGAAGAUGAAAUGAUGUGA